UGUUUUAUUUUUGUAUUAUUAUUAUUCACAAAAUAAAAUCAUUUUUUAAAAAUGGCCUGUCUUCAUUAUGAUUUCCAUUUUUUUUUUUAAAGGUGAAAUUUUAUUGCGAUAUGAAGUUGUUUCAAGACAUUUUUGCUUUAAUUUCUUAGUGCGAAGAAUUGUCACUUCCGGUCAUGCUUACUCCCGCUAACUUAACCGCUCGGCUGGACCUACCAAGUCGAUUAACGAAUCAUCGAGCGACUGCACCGCCAACAACAAACGACACGACAACGAUUUUGCCCUCUACAGUGUCUCCCAGGCAGAACUCCUUUACUGUUAACCACCGCUGUCAAACCAAUGCAGUGCUGUAAGUUUUAGAUGUUUGAGGUUAGUCUGGCCGGUGUGGCGAAAAAGGCUGAAAAUGUCCACAGAAGAGAGAAAGAUGUGCCUGUCAGCCCAGCUGAAGGGACAACUGAAACACCGCGCAGGAUGUUAGGUCGAUAGUCGAGCAGCAGAUUCGGAGCGGGCAGCAAGUUGACGGACGGUACUAGAAGUUUCUACCGGCCCGUUACCGCCGCCUUCAUGAACCACAUCGGCGGCAGCGGGAUUCAUUCCUCCGCCUUCUACCGGAUAAACAACUUCCGACCGUUAGCCGGCCGGAGGCUCCUCCACUGAAACUAGCCAGCAGGCUAAAGCUACAGACUGUUCACAGUACAGGGAGCUGGCUAACGGCUGGCUAACACCGAGGCUAACGGCUAGCUGACAGCAGCCCGGGAUGUUCGGUUGUUUGGUCUCCGGCAGGUUGGUGCAGACGGACGCGGUGCAGGUCGCCUCGGACAAGUUCGUGUUCAACCUGCCGGACUACGAGAACGUGAACCACGUGGUGGUGUUCAUGCUGGGCACGGUGCCGUUCCCCGCCGGCAUGGGCGGCGCCGUCUACUUCUCCUUCCCGGACCCGGCGAGCGGCGGCCCGGUGUGGCAGCUGCUCGGGUUCAUCACCAACGACAAGCCCAGUGCCAUCUUUAAGAUCUCCGGGCUGAAGGCCGGGGAGGGCGGGGCGCACCCCUUCGGCACGAUGGCCUCCUCUUCGUCGCCCUCCGUGGCUCAGGUCGGGGUGUCGGUGGAGGCUCUGGAGCAGCUGGCCCAGCAGAUCCCGGUGUCCAGCGCCGCCGUGUCCACCGUGGACUCCUUCCUGCAGUUCACCCAGAAGAUGCUGGACAGUCUGUACAACUUCGCCUCGUCCUUCGCCGUGUCGCAGGCGCAGAUGACCCCGAACCCCACGGAGACCUUCAUCCCGUCCAGCUGCAUCCUGAAGUGGUAUGAAAACUUCCAGAGGAGGAUGGCUCAGAACCCGAACUUCUGGAAAAACUGAUGAAAGCAGAGCCACCGGAGGAGGACUUGAAAAGACCCUGAACCUGCCGGGACAGCUUCUAAUACAAGUCUCCGCUUCAUUUCCUCCAGAAAACUGUCUGAAAGUGUCUUUUAAACACAAGUUCAGAGAGAUAACUUGAAGGGUCACUCGUGGCCUUGGAAACAGCAGCUAAAAACAAACAAACAACUUGUUGUUUCUGAAACUUUGAGCCAGAUCUCUGGUGAAAAUAAUAAAAAAUCAAAGAAGUGAACUCCA